UGACUUUGUGACUGGUGUAUAAAUGAAUCAGUCAGAUUCAGUUGUCUACAGAGCUUUUACCUACAUCAACAUCAACAGUGACCUUAUUUUGUUGAGUGUGAAGGAUGGUGAGAUCAGCCAUGAUGUUCCUCUUGUUGAAUCUCCUGGGACUGGCAGGCUCUAUUGGCGCGACCGUCCCAAGAAAUCUUGCCUUGCGUGGAAAAGCUACACAGUCAGACCUCAUCGAGAACCCAUGGGACGGUUACAGUCAUGCCUCCAAUGCCAUUGAUGGGAACCGCGAUUCCCAUUUCCAUCAUGGGUCCUGCACUGCCACUGACGAAACCACUAACCCCUGGUGGAGAGUGGACCUGCUUGAUACCUACAUAGUCACCUCCAUCACCGUCACCAACAGAGGGGAUGCUGUUCCUGAGAGGCUUAACGGGGCUGAGAUACGAAUAGGACAUUCUUUAGUGGACAAUGGCAUUCAUAACCCUCUGGUUAAAACAAUUCCCUCCGUUCCAGUCAGCAGUUCUCUCACCCUUGCCUUUGACCCAGGCUUCAAAGGACGCUAUGUGACUGUGGUUCUACCAGGCCAGAAAAGACUUCUGACACUCUGUGAAGUGGAGGUUUAUGGCUACCUUGCCCCAACUGGAGAGAAUGUGGCUCUAUAUGGAAAGGCCACCCAGUCGUCUUUGUAUGGGUUUGGCAUUCCAGGCAAUGCUAUUGACGGGAAUCGCAACGCUAUUUGGAUAGGAGGGUCCUGCACCCACACUCUACAGGACAUCAACGCCUGGUGGAGGGUGGACCUUCUGAAGACCUACAAAGUGUUCUCCAUCAUCAUCACCAACACAGUCGACAGUGUUCCCAGCAGACUCAGUGGAGCUGAGAUACGCAUUGGAGACUCCCUGGAAAACAACGGCAUCGACAAUCCUAGGUGUGCUGUGAUCUCCUCUAUCCCAGCUGGCACUUCUAGCACCUUCCAGUGUCCGGGCAUGGAGGGUCGAUAUGUCAUCGUGGUCAUUCCAGGGAGGAAGGAGUACCUGACCUUGUGUGAGGUGGAGGUGUACGGAUCACCCCUGGAUGGGACUGGGCCUACAUGUAACUAAAUCAGAUCAUUAAUUCUUAACAGCACCCUGCAAUGUUUGGGGAAUGUAUUGUCUUACGAAAAACAAUGAAUGUUUUUUAGUAUACUUCCAGGGGUGGCAGGGUAUCCUAGUGGUUAGAGCUGUUGGACUAGUAACUGAAAGGUUGCAAGUUCAAAUCCCUGAGCUGACAAGGUACAAAUCUGUUGUUCUGCAGAACCCGCUGUUCCUAGGCCAUCAUUGAAAAUAAGAAUUUGUUCUUAACUGACUUGCCUAGUUAAAUAAAGGUAAAAUAAAAAAUAUGUUAAUUAUCAAAAAUAUAUAUUUACUUUCAGUAAACAAAAACAAAUUUGGUCCCCUGUUCUGGAAGUUCUUCUUGCACACUGUUUUUGGAAGUUUGGGUAUAAAUUGGCCAACAUUUUGUGUAACACAAAAAUAUUCAUACAUUUUUUGUUGCCUAAUUAUUGGUUAGAUGGUUCUCAUUCAUACUUAGAAAUACAUAUAAUGCUGUAAUACUAUUGCUAUUAUGCUAAAAUGAAUUAAAGGUGAAAUCUUGGA